GUGUUCAAAAAUAGCCCAACCAGAAGCUUCCCAAGUGAAGUGAUAGCUUGACCGACUGCUGGUGUUGCUGUCCCGAUUGCGGAACUUGAGUGUUUACUUGCACUUUUCAAUCAUGCUCUUCCAUUCCUAGCACUGAAGUGACGCCUUCAUAAAAGAUGGAAGCUUUUUCCAACCACUUUAUGGAAUUCCACCCGGUCCACGGGACCAACGUGCAACUGGACUACUCGGCGACCCAGGCCAUACGUGUGGAGAGCUUCGCCAAUGGAGUGUGCUUCAGCAAACAACCGUUAAAACCCGGGGAGAUUUUUCUCAUCGAGAUUGAGGACAAGGAGCUCGGCUGGUGCGGCCACCUCCGGAUGGGCCUGACCGCCAGGGACCCCAGGGACUUGGAGGUGGUUCCCGAAUACUCCAUCCCCGACCUGACUGACCUCGGCGACAGCUGGGUGUUUGCCAUCACCCGCAACCACAAUAAGGUCACGGAGGGGGUCGAUGCGGGUGAAGGUGGUCAAGACCGCGGAGAAGAACUAGCCGGGGGUCAGAGACUCGGACGAGGGGAGGCCGAUAAUCGGGGUGACGCCAACAGCAAACCAAAGAUGUUUUUCACAGACUCUCAUUUGCACAUUGACGACGUUCGAAUCCCCAGAGACAAGCUGGUCGGCCGUAGCCGGCCUGGACGCUUCAGCCACAUUCUGGAUGACUUGUACAAAAGUAACGCUUUGCCGCCUACCGCUAGACGCAGCCGGAUAGGAGUUUUGUAUGUGGCGAAAGGCCGCGAUCGAGGUGACAUGCACAUCGUCAUCAACGGGGAGGACAUGGGCGCUUCGGCAAAAGGCAUCCCUACCGUAGAGCCUCUUUACGCUGUCGUGGACGUAUUCGCUGCUACUAAGUGUGUCAGGAUUGUGCAGGUGGAGUACGGAUUCUCUUCUUUGCAGACACUGUGCAGGAAGUCAAUCCAGAAGCACAUUGUCCAUAGAAUGGCCAUUGAUUGGCUGGAGCUACCAGAGGCACUCAAGAACUUCUGCAAGUACGAGUGAAAACUGAAAAUCCAUAACGGGCAAAGCCAUGGAGGAGUUUCCUUUUGAUUCACAACGACAAAGUGAACUGGGAUUGUUUACUAUCAUUUUUUUUUUUAGGAGUCAACUGGGAUAAAUAAGAUUCAUCCUGCAAUAUUGUGGCUAAAAUUUCCUGUGGUGUAAAAUUAACCAGAAAACCAGUUGGUGCAGUUGUACACUACGACAAGAAGCAAUUAAAACGGAAUGCUAUCUUUG